CCGGUGCGGGAGCGGCGGCGCGAUGGGGCUGAGCGCGGAGGAGGCGGCGGAGCAGGAGGAUCGCUUCGACGGGAUGCUGCUCGCCAUGGCCCAGCAGCACCAGGGCGGCGUGCGCGAGCUCGUGAACACCUUCUUCAGCUUCCUGAGGAGGAAGACGGAUUUCUUCACCGGGGGAGAGGAUGGAGUGGCAGAGAAGCUGAUCACAGAGGCCUUCAGCCACCACAACAAGCUGGCCCAGAAGGAGCGCAAGGAGAAGAAGGCGCGGCUGGAGGCGGAGCGGCGCGAGAAGGCCGAGCGAGCUGCUCGCCUGGCCAGGGACAGGGACAGGGACAGGGCCAGGGACUCGCAGCAGCCCAGCGAGCCACGCAUCAAGGAGCUCACAGAUGAGGAGGCAGAGAGGCUGCAGCUCGAGAUCGACCAGAAGAAAGAGGCACAAGGGCAGGGCAAUGGUGUCCCAGUGAAACCCUCGGAGGAGGAAGGUGAAUCUUCAGAUUCCAACAAACAGGGAACAGAUGAUGAAGAGGAAGAUGAGAAGGAUAAAGGAAAACUUAAACCCAACUCUGGCAAUGGAGCUGACCUUCCAAAUUAUAGAUGGACACAGACUCUUUCAGAAUUGGAUCUGGCUGUGCCCUUCAAGGUGAGCUUCAGGCUGAAGGGCAAGGACGUGGUGGUGGAUAUCCAGAGACGCCGCCUCAAGGUCGGCCUCAAGGGCCACCCUCCUGUCAUUGAUGGGGAGCUCUUCAACGAGGUCAAGGUGGAGGAGAGCUCCUGGCUCAUUGAGGAUGGCAAAACAGUCACUGUGCACCUGGAGAAGAUCAACAAAAUGGAGUGGUGGAACAAACUGGUCUCCACAGACCCAGAAAUCAACACCAAGAAAAUUAAUCCAGAGAAUUCAAAGUUGUCAGACCUGGACAGUGAAACUCGCAGCAUGGUGGAGAAGAUGAUGUAUGACCAACGACAGAAAUCCAUGGGGCUGCCCACCUCUGAUGAGCAGAAGAAGCAGGAUAUUUUGAAAAAGUUCAUGGAACAGCAUCCAGAAAUGGACUUUUCAAAGGCUAAAUUCAACUGAGCUCUCCCACUCCCUCCCCCUUUCAGCCAGCCCAUUGAAUGGGGCAGGAUGUAUGGUUGGAAAUUCCUCACCUUGGGCAAGUAAAACUUCAGCAUCCCCCACCCGAGCUUGCUGUGGAGGCACCUGCACAGAGUCACCUCAGGGUCCUGUGGAGCAGCUCCAGACAGAGCCACCUGCCACAAUUCCCCAAGGGCAGCGAGGAGAGAAGGAGGGGUUAGAGCCAAAAGGGGUGCUAGGGCUGAGAGAGCCAGACCUGAGAGGUUCUGGGAUAAAUCCUUGAGGUAUUGCUUUGCUUCCCUGGGCUGCUCAGAGCUGCUCCUCUGCUCUGCCACUGGCACAGGAACUCCCGAGUUCUGCUCCCUCCUGCUCUCCUGUGAAAAACAAGGGUCAGUUGAUUUUGUAAAAUAAAUUUGUUUCUGCCUUCUUGGGAAGGGAAAGCAGCAGUUGGAAAGCACAGCUCCUGCAAUGGAGACAGACCCUGCUCCUGUUGGUGCCAGAAGUGACAGCUGGAGCACUGCAGGGCUCCCAGCACAGCUGGACAGGGCAGCCUGCUGUCCUAGAGCAAGGAGAGAGGCUGCAGGGGCUGUGGCUGUGGGUGGGAGAGGAUGUGGGGGGCUCUGGGGAUGCUGCUGUUGCUGGGAGUGUCCCUGCCUCUUCUCCAAGAGCCUCUCUCCCUGCUGACGAGUGGGAUCACUCUGCAUGUUCAUGUCUUUGUUAAAACUGCAGUGCAACAUAAAGGAAAACAAGUGGAAUGUGUGAG